AUGGCUCGACGGCAGUUCCUAAUCGACGAGUUCAAAGCUCUUCGCAAGUCGUAUCGGGCGCCAAAGUACCCUAUAUUUCUGUGCCAUGGUCUCUUUGGUUUCGACACGCUGCGAUUUCCUGGCGGCAAGCUCGAUUACUGGUACAACAUACCCGAAACUCUAGAAAAGUAUGGCGCCAAAGUUGAGGUUGGUAGAGUUCCACCGGUUGCCUCAAUUCACGACCGGGCGCAAAUUCUAUACGACAGCAUUUCAGGAAAAGAAGAAUUGCGUAAGGUAAACCUUAUAGCCCACUCCAUGGGAGGCUUAGACGCCCGGUAUCUGAUUGCCAAACUAGCUGCCAAAAGAAUCCAGGUGCUGUCGCUCACGACAAUUUCCACCCCUCACCACGGCACAUCUGCCGCAGACGUGUUUUUUGAUGUCACAUCCAAGCUGCCGACAGCGUUUGGUGCUUUAGCCCAGCUCUCGACGACGUCAAUGGCUGAGUUCAAUAAAAAUGUUCUUGACGACCCGACGGUGAAAUACUUUAGCUACGGCGCCCGGUUUUUCCCCAAUUGGGUCAGUUGGCUGAGAGUCCCGUGGGGUAUAAUCUACAGAAAAGAAGGCGACAACGACGGGCUCGUCAGCUGCAAGUCUGCUGAAUGGGGGGAGUACCAAGGAACGCUCGAUAAUUGUGACCAUUGGGACGUCAUCAACCUCACCCAUUUGAAGCCGCGCGCUCUCAGAAACGCCCAGUUCCACGCUCCGCUUAUGUACCUCCACGUGAUGGACCAGCUAAGUGCUCACGGCUUUUGA